AACGUCAUCAGCUUCACGACACGUUAAUCCGCGUAGUGUUCUAGUCACUAGCAAACAAGAGAGAGCUUUUGAGUCUCACUCCUACCUCAGAAGAAUUCCUCAUCCUCAUCUCUCGCACCUCUCUGCCGGUAGCGCGAGCAACACAGCGCAGCCAUGGCCAGCGACGAUCAACGGGGGCUACAUUAUGAACAAACGUUGAUGUAUGGUCGCUACACACAGGAGUUGGGGGCAUAUGCUAAAGAAGAGGCAGCUCGCCUGAGGGAGGAGGGGGUGCGGCGGCGCUCGGUCACAGAACGCUCACGCUCUCUGGAACUUCUGGAGAAUGACAAGGGCUGCUGCGCCAAGUGUCGCAUCUGUACGGUGCGCUGUCAGAAGUUCCUCAUCUCUUGUGUUGGUGAAGACUGGAUAUUCCUCAUCCUCCUGGGUCUAUUCAUGGCUCUACUCAGCUGGCUGGUCGACUUUGGUAUCGGAAUCUGUCUACAAUCACAGAAGUGGAUGUAUGUGAACCUGGAGAGUAAUGUGUUUCUCCAGUACCUAGCCUGGGUCACCUACCCUGUGGUGCUCAUCACCUUCUCAGCUGGCUUCACACAGAUACUGGCCCCACAGGCCGUAGGUUCAGGUAUCCCCGAGAUUAAGACCAUUCUGAGGGGUGUAGUGCUGAAAGAAUACCUCACCUUUAAAACCUUUGUGGCCAAAGUCAUCGGCCUCACCUGUGCCCUGGGCAGUGGCAUGCCUCUGGGCAAGGAGAGUCCGUUUGUUCACAUUGCCAGUCUCGGUGCUGCACUUCUCUGCAAGUUCAUGUCUCUGUUUGGAGGAAUCUAUGAGAAUGAGUCGAGGAACAUUGAGCUGUUAUCAGUUGCCUGUGCUGUGGGGGUGAGCUGUGUUUUCGCUGCCCCUAUAGGAGGUUUGCUGUUCAGUAUUGAGGCAAUGUCUACUUUCUUCACUGUGAGGAACUACUGGAGAGGGUUCUUCGCUGCUACCGUCACUGCUUUCAUGUACAGAGUUCUGGCCGUGUGGAACAGAGACGAGGUGACCAUCACAGCUCUGUUGCCAACCAAUUUCCGUCAGGACUUCCCCUUUGACCUCCAGGAGCUCCCAGCCUUCGCUGUCCUUGGUAUUGCCAGUGGUCUUGGCGGGGCGUUGUUUGUCUGCCUGAACAGACAGAUAGUCCAGUUAAUCAGGAACCAGAAGACCAUCAAAAAGUUUCUCAUGAAGAAGCGUCUGCUGUACCCAGCCCUGGUCACUCUGCUUGUGUCUACGCUAACGUUUCCCCCCGGCUUCGGACAGUUCAUGGCAGCCAAGCUGACCCAGAUGGAGUCCCUGGAGACGUUACUAGACAACCAGACGUGGUCUAAGCAGGGCAUACCCGAGGAGUUUGACAGCAACAGCCACUCCCAGGCCUGGAAACACCCCCAGGUCAACGUCUUCGUCACCCUCACCCUCUUUGUCGUCAUGAAGUUCUGGAUGUCUGCUCUGGCCAUGACCAUGCCUGUGCCCUGUGGAGCCUUCAUGCCUGUCUUCGUCAUUGGGGCAGCAUUUGGCCGUCUGGUCGGGGAGAGCAUGGCCACCUGGUUCCCUGAUGGCGUCCACUCUGAUGGUACAAUCUACCCCAUAGAGCCAGGAGUGUACGCAGCCGUAGGUGCGGCGGCCCUGUCUGGAGCAGUCACUCACACAGUGUCGACGGCAGUUGUUGUGUUUGAGCUGACGGGUCAGAUCAGCCACAUCCUGCCGGUGAUGAUAGCGGUUAUACUGGCCAACGCCGUGGCCCAGUCCCUCCAGCCCUCGCUAUAUGACUCCCUCAUCAUGAUCAAGAAACUACCCUACCUCCCUGAACUGGGCUGGGGACACCACGAGAAGUAUAAUAUUUAUGUGGAGGACAUCAUGAUCAGGGAUGUGAUGUACAUCACCCUCAACUGCUGCUACAGAGACCUGCAUGAUGUACUGCUGACUGGACACCUCAAUACCCUAGCCCUGCUCGAGUCCAGUGAGUCGAUGAUCCUGCUGGGUUCUAUUGAGCGUGCCCAGAUCCAGGCCCUCCUGUCCCUACAGCUAGGCCGGCCACGGAGACUGAAGUACCUGAGAGACCGGGCCACAGCUGAGAAGCGCCUGUCGGUGGUCUCCCACCCGGGCAGCGAGGACGGCUCCACCAUGGUCAACCAGGAGGUCCACUUCCAGGUCAAUAAGAUCUCCACAGAGGAGACUUCCCUCAGUUCCACCCCUACCCCCUCCAUGAAGCCACUGAAGCCGGCCCUGAAGAGACCCUCUGUGGUGGACUGCCCUACUGAGAUACCCAUGCCCACAAGUCCACAGGACCACUCAGGCAGCACCUUAAGGAACCUAUUCCGUGUCAGACCUGAUAUAGAAGGCCUGGAGGAUGACUUUGAUGUGGAUGAUGACAUGACCAUCAGAGAGAUUGCAGAGUGGGAGGAGAACCAGCUUGACGAGCAGGUGAACUUUGACAACUGCAUGAUCGACCCCGCCCCCAUCCAACUGGUGGAGAGCACCUCACUACAUAAGACCCACACCAUCUUUUCUCUGCUGGGAUUGAACCAUGCCUACGUCACCAGCAUUGGACGACUCAUUGGAGUGGUGUCCCUCAAAGAGCUGCAGAAGGCCAUCGAGGGCUCUGUGGCAGUGAAGGGGGUGAAUGUGCGCCCCCCUCUGGCCAGUUUCCGGGACAGCGGCGCCAGUGGCACCAUUAUGAACAACGAGAACAAGGCCAGAGAUCUCCACAAGCUGUGGAACCGCCGAAAGUUGAUGUCCCUCCCCCAGGAGCAUCAAGCCUCCGACGCUGACGAGAAGUCCAAGUGAGGUGGACUGGGAUAGGUUGACUGGGAUGGGGACGAUGAUGCGGACAGGUGGACAGGGAUGGGGACAGGUGACACAGGGAUGGGGACAGAUAUGUUGGCGAGGAGUAGGAGGAGCAUUGACCCCCCCCCCAACUCAAAACAACAACCGAUGCUGCAAACUCAUGGCUUGGAUCAAUAUUUAAUUCUGGACUAUAGAGUUCUCUCCUCUUACUCCUCUCCUAACCUUCCUCUCCAUCCCUCUCUCCUUUACCCCUCCUCCUGGUUGCCCUUUGGGCCCUACACUUACUCAGCUCUUAUGGAGGAGGGAUGGACUCACCCUGCGCUUGGCCCAACCAGAACAGAAGAGAUCUGGGUGUUAGGGAGGGGAGAGAAGAGGAGGGUGUCACUGCUUAACAAAGGUGAUCAGAGCAAAAUGUAUAGAAUAUGCGUGUUUUGACUAUAAAAGGAAUUGCAUUUUUAUACAAAUUUUGCAGACUUUGCUAUUGGUCUGACUUUGAGAGGAAAUGUAAAAAAGAAAAUCCUAUGUGUAGCACCUUCUCAGAAAAUACAGUCUCAAACACACACGCACAAGUUUCAAUAAGAGCCAGUCUGCACACUCCAAGACAAUGGAGUUCUCUCUAAAAAUAGCUCUUUAUAACCUUGAAGAGAGGAAGAAGGAGAGGGGGAAGAGGGAGAGAGUGAAAAAGGCUCAAAUAUGACAAUAUGAAAGCGUUUUCUGUUAUCUAAUCUGCUGCUGCUUUAGGGUGUCCCUCCCCCCAAUAGAACCCAGAGUAGCUUUCUGGUUGGCCAACUUCACAUCCCCACUAUAUAUGUCCACUGUCCAGUAACACUACACUACGUUGAUCAGAGUAAGGUCAGACCCAGACCACAUAGAACCAGUUUGAUUCAGUCCCAUUCUAAAUCCUAUUUUCCCUAACCUUAACCCUAGCUCCAAACCCUAACCUUAACCUUAAAGCUAACUCUAGCUCCUAACCCUAACCCAAAUUCUAACCCUAACACUAAUUCUGACCUUAACCCUAAACCCCCUAGAAAUGGCAUUUGACCUUGUGGGGACCAACAAAAUGUCCCCAGUUGGUCCCCCCAAAUUUUUGAUAAUUCUUGUGAGGACUUCUUGUCCCCACAAGUAUAGUUAAACAUGUCCACACACACACACACACCGACUGAUAUUUCUGCAACCUGGAUGUGUUAUUGCAUAAAUACGUUUUCAUUUCAGUGGUGAGUUCUUGCCUUGUUCACCGCCACUGAAAAGAAAACACACACACACACAUUAACAUCUUCACAGACUGACAUGCAGAGAGAUGCACACAUGUGAGGAGAAGUAUGCUGUUGUGUAUAUCAUUUUAAUGGACAAUAUUAUUAUUAUUAUUAUGAUGGCAAUUUUUUUUUAAAUGUUUUUAUUCCUGUUUAUUUUGUAUCUUUUCUCAUUGAAUUCAUUUUGAUCUAGGUUUGAUUGGCAUCAUUCAAUCAUCCAAUGAGCUUUAAUCAUGGCUUAUUUUGGGAAAGGGGCAGUGGUGUGAAGUACUUAAGUAGUACUUUGAAGUAUUUUUACUUAAGUAGUUGUUUUGGGUAUCUGUACUUUACUAUUUAUAUUUUACUUUUACUUCACUACAUUCCUAAAGAAAAUUAUAUACUUUUUACUCUAUACAUUUUCCCUGACACCCAAAAGUGCUCAUUACAUUUUGAAUGCUUAGCAGGACAGGACAAUUGUCUAAUUCACACACUUAUCUCUGAUCUGGACUCACUAAACACACAUGCUUUGUUUGUAAAUUAUUUCUGAGUGUUGGAGUGUGCCUCUGACUCCUUAAAUAAAUACAAAAAACAAGAAAAUGGUGCCAUCUGGUUUGGUUAAUAUAAGGAAUUUUAAAUGAUUUAUACUUUUGAUACUUAAGUAUAUUUAAAACCAAAUACUUUUAGACUUUUACUCAAGUAGUAUUUUACUGGAUGACUUUCACUUUUACUUGAGUCAUUUUCUAUUAAGGUAUCUUUACUUUUACUCAAGUAUGACAACUGGGUACUUUUUCCACCACUGGAAAGGGGAUGGGGCUUUUGGGGGAAUGUGUGGAUUUAAGACUUUGCUAUAUGUUUACAGAUUUAACAUCAUUGCUGUAAUACGUGAUUGUUAAUUUAAAAUCUAACUGAUCUACAUUGCUAUCUAUGGAGUUGCUCUUCCUGCAACUCCUUUUUAGUUUUUUUGUGUGUAUUGCUCUUCCCUGCGGAAAAACCAGUCAUAUGGCAGUCCAGUCAUAUGGCAGUCCAGUCAUAUGGCAGUCCAGUCAUAUGGCAGUCCAGUCAUAUGGCAGUCCAGUCAUAUGGCAGUCCAGUCAUAUGGCAGUCCAAUCAUAUGGC